UUUUGACCCGGAUUGUACCUGACCUUGCUUUAUUCUCCUGUCCUGACCCUUGCUUUGCCUGACCUCUCUCCUGGAUGCCCCCUAUUGGAUCUGACCUGCUGUUGCUGACCUGGCAUGUGACCCGACUAUUCUCUGCCCGCUGCCUUGUACCACACCGUCCUCUCUGUUACCGACCCGGCCUGUGUGACCUUGCUCAUCCAGCCAUCCCUCGCAACUCUUUCCCGUGGGAGCCCUCGGCGCAUACCACUACCACUGACGGACGUACCCAGUAGCCACGACCUGGUCUCGGGGUGCUCCAAGUCCAUCCCCACCAUCAGGGGCCCUGGUGAACAAGCACUCUGGGACUUAGAUUCCGUGCGCUGGGGACGUCUAUUCAGUGGAGUGCUAGUGGUACCACCGGGCGGUCCCUUACAA